AUGAAGUCGGACGAGCCUUCAGCUGCCCCGGCUGACGCUGGCAAUGUCCACAAAAUGUCGAUUGAGAACAUUGAAGACUUCAAGGAGCAACCAGCAACAAAUGGAGACUAUGCAGGCGCAACAGCAAAAACGGACCCUGUCGAAAUCGCAUUGGUCAGAAAACUUGACUGGCGCAUCAUGCCCACUCUGUGCACCAUGUACUUUCUCAACUACGUCGACCGCAAUGCUUUAGCACAGGCGCGUCUCAAUGACCUCGAAGAAGAUCUCAAUAUGACCGGCACACAAUUCAAUACCACCAUCAGCAUUCUUUUCGUCGGUUAUGUCUUGAUGCAGAUCCCUUCAAAUAUGAUGAUUACCAGAAUUCGUCCCGGCUUGUACAUGAGCAGCUGGAUGUUGAUCUGGGCUGUUGUGUCUGGCUGUACUGCAUUGGUUCAAAGCUACGGUGGCCUCGUCGCCGCUAGAUUCUUUCUUGGUAUAACCGAAGCGCCGUUCUACCCGGGAGCAACUUAUGUCCUUUCGAUUUUCUACACUCGUAAAGAGGUUGCUUCGCGAAUCGCACUUCUUUACUGCGCACAGAUUCUCGCAACUGGUUUCUCGGGCUUGAUCGCUGCUGGUGUGUUCGCCGGAUUGUCGGGCGUCCAUGGCAUUGCAGGCUGGAGAUGGCUCUUCAUCGUUGAAGGCGUCGCGACUGCUGUCGUGGCUCUAUUCGGUUUCUGGCUUCUGCCCGACACUCCGUUGACUACCCGCUGGUUGAAGCCUGAAGAACGCGAGUUGGCUCACAGCCGUAUGGAGCGUGAUCGAGUCGGUACCCAGGCCGAGACCUCCGCCAUGGAGGGUCUCAAGCAAGCUUGCAAGGAUCCCAGGACUUGGGUGUUCUGUCUCAUGCAGAACUUUCAUCUGUCGGCUUGUUCAUUCAACUCUUUCUUCCCAACCGUUGUGAAAACUCUUGGAUUCAACACGACUAUUACCCUGGUGAUGACUUGCCCACCUUUUUUGUUUGCAGGAGCAGCCGGUAUCCUCUUUGGCUGGUCAUCUGGUCGCUAUCAUGAGCGUACCUGGCAUAUUACCACGGGCCUAGGUAUUGCAAUUGUCGGAUUUGUAAUUGCAGCAUCUACAUUGAACACCGCUGGACGAUACAUUGCAUGCUUCAUCUUCCCAGUGGGCGCAUAUUCGGUCAACAGCGUCAUCAUCGGCUGGGCAUCCUCCACGUUAGGUCAGACUAAGGAGAAGAAGGCCGUCGUCCUGGCAAUGACCAACGUGGGUGGCCAAAUUGGCUACAUCUAUGGUGCUUACCUCUGGCCUAAGGAGGACGGACCCAGAUACGGCAUCGGCUUCGGGGCCAGCGCAGGUUUUGCUCUUUGCAGUAUUGCAUGUGCCUGGGUUAUGCGGAUCCUGUUGAAGCGUGAAAACGCCAGAAUCAAGCAGAGCACCACCGAGAACGUCAAUCUCUACGGCUACUAG